AUGCUGAAGUUAUCCCCAUUUUUUCUGGUAUCACAAUUUACUUCCGCUAUUGGGCUUCCAUAUAAUAAUAAUAAUAUUACCCAUCAACAUUUCAAAAUAGUUUGCCAUUCGCAAUACCCACUUUGGUUUUAAACGCAAUGGUGCUUAUAAUGCCAGUGUUGAUGUCUCUUUUCGGGACAAUUAUGCCAGCAGUGUUUGCAGUGGAACUGGCUGACGAAGACGUUGCCAACCUUGCCACGACUACCCCCGAAGAAUUAUUGUGUCUGCGUGGCAAGUUUGGCGAAGCGGCCUCUUUGACGGAUGAGGAGAAGAUGACGGCUGUCCUUCGCUGCUUCCCAUUUAUAAGCGAAAAGUUCGAAGGGCAAUUGAGGGAAUUCGACGACCUGAAACAGCGUCUGGAUCACUUAAAACAGCCGAGAAUGGCACGGGAGCCUUCGAGGUCGACACCGGAUGCCGCACAUUCUGAACUGAACGACUCAUUGAAAGGGAAGAUACACUUUCGGAACGUGCUAUGGAUGAGGCUGCAGGCAUUUUAUGAUAACAGCGGAUUUGUUUUCGGAAUACCGAAUGCGUUAGCCGCAUUUGUUUUCGUGCUCGUUGCAGCGGCAGUAGCGUGUGGUUUGCUUUUGCGCUAUAGUGACGUUCAGCCAGUCCGCAUCGCUGUCACGGCUGUUAUCGGGGUUUGUGUGGUCGGUGGUGUUGUUGCUUAUUGGAUGGUCCCGGGAAUGCGAGUAGAGCGGAUUGUUAAGGAAGAAUUUUGAGCAGAAUUUGUUUUUAUGCUUUUGUGUUUUAUAUUUAAUGGUUAA